CUCUCUACACACACUCUCUCGCUAAAAAUCCCUCUUUUUCACUUCACAGUUCACACACACAGGGAACAGUAGGGUUUUAAUCUGAAGAGAACCCAGAGAAGAAAAUUCCAACUUCUUGUUGUUUUUCAUUUGGGUUUGCUCAAAAACCCUAGCUUUGUCACUCUUCAGCUAACUCUCACUUUAAAGUACUCCAUGGGCACCUGAAAUUUCUGCUCCAAACCCUAGUUUCAGCCUCAAAACCCACUUCCAAAAUGACCCAUUUGCCCUCGGUUCACCACCACGUCAUUGCCGUUUCUGGCUAGCUAAUAGAGGGAAACCAUGGAAGGGGACGAGCAUGGGGUUCUCUUGGCGUGUGUAAUUUCGGGGACCCUUUUCGCGGUUUUGGGUUCGGCUUCGUUUUCUAUACUCUGGGCUGUGAAUUGGAGGCCCUGGAGGAUUUAUAGUUGGAUUUUUGCGAGAAAAUGGCCAGAUAUCUUGCAGGGGAUGCAUCUCCGUUUGCUUUGUGGUUUCUUGAAUCUGUCUGCAUGGAUGGUUGUUAUUUCUCCAGUUGUGGUGCUUAUUGCAUGGGGAUGCUGGUUGAUUGUAAUAUUGGGUCGAGAUAUAAUUGGGUUGGCUGUAAUAAUGGCUGGUACUGCUCUUUUGUUGGCAUUCUAUUCGAUCAUGCUUUGGUGGAGAUCACAAUGGCAAAGCUCAAGGGCUGUUGCUAUUCUACUUCUUCUGGCUGUUGCCCUACUUUGUGCAUACGAACUUUGUGCUGUGUAUGUUACAGCUGGUUCCAGGGCAUCUGAGCGAUAUUCACCUUCUGGUUUCUUUUUUGGUGUAUCCGCAAUUGCCAUAGCGAUCAACAUGCUUUUUAUUUGCAGAAUGGUAUUUAAUGGAAAUGGCCUAGAUGUGGAUGAGUAUGUGCGGAGGGCAUACAAAUUUGCUUCUUCAGAUUGUAUAGAAGUUGGUCCUGUCGCUUGUUUACCAGAACCUCCAGACCCCAAUGAAUUGUAUCCUCGGGAAUCUAGUAGGGCUUCACAUCUCGGGCUUCUCUACCUUGGCUCACUUAUUGUACUUCUAGUGUACUCAAUCUUAUAUGGUGUGACAGCAAAGGAGGCAAAUUGGCUGGGAGCCAUUACAUCAGCUGCAAUUAUCAUUCUUGAUUGGAAUAUUGGGGCAUGCCUGUAUGGGUUUAAGCUUCUUAAAAGUCGUGUUGCAGCAUUAUUUGUGGCUGGCACAUCUCGGGUUUUUCUCAUUUGCUUUGGAGUAUAUUACUGGUACUUGGGGCAUUGUGUUAGUUAUGCAGUCGUGGCAUCUGUGCUUUUAGGGGCUGCUGUUUCUCGUCAUUUAUCAGUUACAAACCCAUUGGCUGCAAGGAGGGAUGCCUUACAGAGCACAGUGAUUCGCCUAAGAGAGGGAUUUCGUAGAAAGGAACAAAAUAGUUCAUCUAGCUCCUCUGAAGGUUGUGGCUCAAGUAUGAAACGCAGUAGUAGUGUUGAAGCAGGUCACCUUGGUAAUGUAAUUGAAGCAAGUGGCAGAAGUAUGGCACAAUGCACAGUUGAUGGUGGUAACUGGAACAAUGUUGUCCUUUGUCGAACCGCUAGUUCACAAGAGGGAAUAAACAGUGAUAAGAGCAUAGAUAGUGGAAGGCCAAGUUUAGCCUUACGUAGUAGUUCUUGUCGCUCAGUUGUUCAAGAGCCUGAAGUAGGGACAUCAUUUGCUGAUAAAAAUGUUGAUCACACCAGCUCUUUGGUGGUUUGUUCCAGUAGUGGUCUUGAAAGCCAAGGCUGCGAGUCUAGUGCUUCUGCAAAUCAACAAACGUUAGAUUUGAAUUUAGCUCUUGCAUUCCAAGAAAGGUUGAAUGACCCUAGGAUUGCAUCUAUGUUGAAAAGAAGGGCAAGAGAAGGUGACGUAGAACUAACAAGUUUAUUGCAAGAUAAAGGAUUGGAUCCUAAUUUUGCCAUGAUGUUGAAGGAGAAGAGCUUGGAUCCGACUAUUCUGGCGUUGCUACAGAGAAGCAGUUUGGAUGCAGAUAGAGAUCAUCGUGACAAUACUGAUAUCACCAUCAUUGACUCGAACAGUGUUGACAAUGUUAUGCCCAAUCAAAUUUCUUUGUCGGAAGAACUGAGGCUUCAUGGGCUUGAUAAGUGGCUCCAAUUGUCCAGACUUGUACUGCACCACAUAGUUGGUACUCCAGAACGAGCAUGGCUUCUCUUUAGUUCUGUCUUCAUCCUUGAAACGGUCAUUGUGGCAAUUUUUCGUCCGAAGACGAUCAUAAUCAUUAAUGCUACUCACCAACAGUUUGAAUUCGGCAUCGCAGUGCUACUGCUGUCUCUGGUUGUCUGUUCAAUCAUGGCAUUUCUGCGUUCACUUCAAGCAGAAGAAAUGGCCAUGACAUCAAAACCACGCAAGUAUGGCUUUAUCGCUUGGCUACUGAGCACUUGUGUUGGACUGUUGCUUUCCUUCUUAAGCAAAUCAUCAGUUCUUCUUGGAUUGUCUUUGACUGUUCCACUUAUGGUUGCAUGCCUUUCUAUAGCCGUUCCUAUAUGGAUCCGUAAUGGUUACCAGUUUUGGUUUCCUCGAGUACAAUGUGUUGGUAAUGCUGGAAAUCAUCAUUUUCCUGGGACAAAGGAGGGUGUUGUUCUUGCCAUUUGCAUAUCAGUAUUUACUGGAUCUGUAUUAGCUCUAGGCGGAAUAAUAUCUGCAAAGCCUUUAGAUGAUUUAGGGUACAAGGGAUUGACUGGUGAACAGAAAAGCUUUAGCUCUCCUUAUGCAUCGUCUGUGUACCUUGGUUGGGCAAUGGCGUCUGCAAUUGCUUUAGUAGUUACUGGCGUGCUUCCAAUUGUUUCAUGGUUUGCAACAUAUCGGUUUUCUCUUUCUUCUGCCGUCUGUGUUGGGAUAUUCUCAGUUGUUCUUGUGGCAUUUUGUGGUGCAUCCUAUUUAGAAGUUGUCAAAUCUAGGGAUGACGAAGUUCCAACCAAGGGUGAUUUCCUGGCUGCUUUACUUCCUUUGGUUUGUAUUCCAGCAGUGCUGUCACUGUGCUCUGGUUUGCAUAAAUGGAAAGAUGAUGAUUGGAGACUUUCUCGAGGUGUAUAUGCAUUUGUUACCAUUGGUCUUCUCCUCCUGCUUGGUGCAAUAUCAGCUGUUAUAGUUGUUGUUAAACCUUGGACUAUUGGUGUAGCAUUUCUCUUGGUUCUUCUCAUGUUGGUACUAGCUAUUGGUGCUAUUCACCACUGGGCUUCAAACAAUUUUUAUUUGACCAGAAUACAGAUGCUCUUUGUUUGUUUCCUCGCUUUUCUUUUGGCUUUGGCAGCAUUUCUUGUUGGAUUGUUUGAAGAUAAACCAUUUGUUGGAGCCUCUGUUGGAUAUUUUUCAUUUCUGUUUCUUCUUGCUGGAAGAGCAUUGACUGUUCUUCUUUCACCUCCGAUUGUAGUUUAUUCUCCAAGAGUACUGCCUGUAUAUGUCUAUGAUGCUCACGCAGAUUGUGGAAAGAAUGUUAGUGCUGCAUUUCUUGUGCUCUAUGGGAUUGCAUUGGCGACUGAGGGCUGGGGGGUUGUUGCCAGUUUGAAAUUAUAUCCACCCUUUGCUGGUGCUGCUGUAUCAGCAAUUACUCUUGUUGUGGCCUUUGGAUUUGCUGUCUCUCGUCCAUGCCUGACUCUUAAGACGAUGGAAGAUGCCGUGCACUUUCUCAGUAGGGAAACUGUUGUUCAAGCAAUUGCUCGGUCUGCGACAAAGACUAGAAAUGCUUUAUCUGGAACUUAUUCAGCCCCACAAAGGUCUGCCAGUUCAGCUGCUCUUCUGGUAGGAGACCCUACCAUUAUGCGUGACAGGGCAGGAAAUUUUGUGCUUCCCAGGGCUGAUGUCAUGAAACUAAGAGACCGUUUAAGAAAUGAAGAAUUAGUUGCAGGAUCAUUCUUCAGCAGAAUCAGAUAUGGAAGAACGUUCCGCCAUGGACAUGCCAAUGAUGUAGAUCACCGAAGAGAAAUGUGUGCUCAUGCACGUAUUUUGGCUUUGGAAGAGGCAAUUGAUACUGAAUGGGUGUACAUGUGGGAUAAAUUUGGUGGAUAUUUACUUCUUUUGCUUGGUUUGACUGCUAAGGCGGAACGAGUGCAGGAUGAGGUUCGCUUGAGACUCUUUCUUGAUAGCAUAGGGUUCUCAGACCUAAGCGCCAGUAAAAUAAAAAAAUGGAUGCCAGAGGACCGCAGGCAGUUUGAAAUUAUUCAGGAGAGUUAUAUAAGAGAGAAGGAGAUGGAAGAGGAAAUUUUAAUGCAGAGGCGUGAAGAAGAGGGAAGAGGUAAAGAAAGAAGGAAGGCUCUUUUGGAGAAAGAAGAACGUAAAUGGAAGGAGAUAGAAGCUUCACUUAUUUCCUCUAUUCCUAAUGCUGGCAGCCGAGAGGCAGCUGCCAUGGCAGCUGCGGUACGCGCAGUUGGAGGUGAUGCAGUUCUUGAUGAUUCUUUUGCGCGAGAGAGGGUUUCAAGCAUUGCACGUAGGAUACGCACAGCUCAGUUAGCUCGCCGAGCACUUCAGACAGGGGUUGCGGGUGCUGUGUGUAUUCUUGAUGAUGAACCAACUACAAGUGGCAGAACCUGUGGCCUGAUUGAUCCCAGUGUAUGUCAAAGUCAAAAGGUUAGUUUUUCCAUUGCGGUGAUGAUCCAACCCGAGUCUGGACCUGUUUGUCUUUUAGGCACUGAAUUUCAGAAAAAAGUAUGUUGGGAAAUCCUGGUGGCUGGUUCUGAACAAGGUAUUGAGGCUGGACAAGUUGGGCUUAGAUUGAUUACCAAAGGUGAUAGACAAACAACUGUUGCAAAGGAGUGGAGUAUCAGUGCCACAAGUAUUGCAGAUGGAAGGUGGCAUAUUGUGACGAUGACAAUUGAUGCUGAUCUAGGUGAGGCAACUUGCUUUCUGGAUGGUGGUUUUGAUGGCUACCAGUCUGGGUUACCAUUACGUGCGGGUAAUAGCAUUUGGGAGCAGGGGACAGACGUUUGGAUUGGUGUUAGACCACCUAUAGAUAUGGAUGCAUUUGGGAGAUCAGAUAGUGAAGGAGUUGAGUCUAAGAUGUAUAUCAUGGAUGUUUUCCUUUGGGGAAGGUGCUUAAGUGAAGAUGAGAUAGCUGCUCUUCAUGCUGCUAUUGGAUCAGCUGAUUUUAGUGCCAUCGACUUUCCAGAAGAUAAUUGGCAAUGGGUGGAUUCACCCUCUAGAAUUGAUGGGUGGGAUAGUGAUCCUGCGGAUGUAGAUCUAUAUGAUAGAGAUGACGUAGAUUGGGAUGGACAGUAUUCAAGUGGGAGAAAAAGAAGGUCAGAUCGUGAUGGGGUUGUGAUCGAUGUGGAUUCUUUUGCCAGGAGAUAUCGGAAGCCCAGGAUGGAAACACAAGAAGAAAUCAAUCAACGGAUGCUCUCAGUGGAACUGGCUGUCAAAGAAGCCCUCUGUGCAAGGGGAGAAAGACAUUUCACUGAUCAAGAGUUUCCUCCAAAUGAUCAGUCGUUAUUUGUAGAUCCCAAAAAUCCCCCUGUGAAGUUGCAGGUUGUUUCUAAGUGGAUGCGGCCUGCUGAAAUUGUGAAAGAGAGCCGCAUGGAUUAUGGUCCAUGCUUGUUUUCUGGGGCCGCAAAUCCUUCAGAUGUUUGUCAGGGCCGAUUGGGUGAUUGUUGGUUUUUGAGUGCUGUAGCUGUUUUAACAGAGGUUUCACGAAUAUCAGAAGUGAUUAUUACUCCGGAGUAUAAUGAGGAAGGAAUUUACACCGUCCGCUUCUGUAUUCAGGGUGAGUGGGUCCCGGUUGUUGUGGAUGAUUGGAUUCCAUGUGAAGCACCUAGUAAACCCGCAUUUGCUACCAGCAGGAAGGGCAAUGAGCUCUGGGUUUCUAUAUUGGAGAAGGCAUAUGCCAAAUUGCAUGGUUCUUUUGAGGCAUUAGAAGGCGGGCUUGUUCAGGAUGCUCUUGUGGACCUCACUGGUGGUGCUGGAGAGGAAAUUGACAUGAGGAGUGCCCAGGCCCAGAUUGAUCUUGCAAGUGGUAGACUGUGGUCUCAAUUGUUGCGCUUCAAACAAGAGGGGUUCCUACUUGGUGCUGGGAGUCCUUCGGGUUCAGACGUACACAUUUCUUCCAGUGGCAUUGUGCAAGGGCAUGCUUACUCUUUACUGCAGGUGAGAGAAGUUGAUGGCCAUAAGCUUGUGCAAAUUAGAAAUCCAUGGGCUAAUGAAGUUGAGUGGAAUGGGCCUUGGUCUGACUCGUCCCCUGAGUGGACUGAUAGGAUGAAGCACAAGCUGAAGCACAUUCCCCAGUCAAAAGAUGGUAUAUUCUGGAUGUCUUGGCAAGACUUUCAGAUUCAUUUCCGAUCAAUAUAUGUUUGUCGUAUCUACCCUCCAGAGAUGCGCUAUUCUGUUCAUGGACAAUGGCGUGGUUACAGUGCUGGUGGCUGCCAAGAUUAUGAAACAUGGAAUAAAAAUCCACAGUUCCGAUUGAGAGCCAUUGGAUCAGAUGCAUCAUUCCCCAUUCAUGUGUUCAUAACCUUAACGCAGGGAGUGGGUUUCUCAAGAACCGCAGCUGGUUUCAGAAAUUAUCAAUCCAGUCAUGAUUCAAUGAUGUUCUACAUUGGGAUGAGGAUACUCAAAACCCGUGGCCGUCGUGCUGCUUACAACAUAUACCUACAUGAAUCAGUUGGUGGGACAGACUAUGUCAAUUCUAGAGAAAUAUCAUGUGAAAUGGUUCUUGACCCUGAUCCAAAGGGUUACACGAUAGUGCCUACAACUAUACACCCUGGGGAAGAAGCACCAUUUGUUCUUUCUGUUUUCACGAAAGCGUCAAUAUCCCUGGAAGUUUUAGAGUAUGAAGAAAAUGGCUCUUCAGUUGGUUCACGAAGGCGUCAAUAUCCCUGGAAGUUUUAGAGCAUGAAGAAAAUGGCUCUUCAGUUGGUUUUUUGUCCAUUUGUCCAAGAGCAUAUUUGCGGAAUUUUUGAAUUGCUUGGGUUGUUGUGGAUCACGAAAUCCUACAGGCAGGUUUUGUUGGACCUCGGUAUACAGAAUCACUAGGUCAUAUGAUGUGAUUCUCUGCCGCGAGGAUGGCCACGAGUUAUCAAUCCAUUGGAGUAGUGCAACCUAAUCUUCCUUCUUUCCGCAGGCUCUCACAGCUUUGAAGGACAUGAUUCCUGAAUAAGCUGCAAUGAGAUUACACAGACAAGAGGGAUGAUUGAUUGAAUAGAAAUGUUGUCUAUGAAAUCUGGUCUGUUUUGGGUUACGUGCUUCUGCAUGGCAUUGGAGAGGGUUCUCGGGGGGUUUUCUGUAAAUAAGCAGGUAUUGUAAGGGAUAUAGGAUGUGUCAUCAUGUAAAUGAGGGGGGGAAAAAGAAAAUUGAAAAAGCAAAUAGGAAAAUAAUUAGUAAUGCCUAGUUUAAGGGGGAAUACAGAAAAAAGCAUUGUAGCUGGGAAAAAAGGGUUCAUAAUUUCAGCUGCAUUUUUGAAAAGUGCUUUGUAAUUGGAAAAGAAAUUGUACAAAUGUUUGUUGUUGCAAUAUAAUCCCCAUUUCAUAUU